GUAUCCUUCAUCUUUACAGCUCAGGCCUGGACCAACCUACAGAAAGAGACACUGUGCACCCAGAGGCAGGCCUUUGCACAGAGCACGCAGGCGAAUCACAGAACCCACUUCAAGGCAUAUCUUCUCUUCUGCGGCUUCUUCCAUCAGGAGCCGAUUCCAGCCACACCACACCUCUUGUCGUGCUAUGCCCAGUUUCUGAGCAAAUCAAUUCGGUCUCCAAGUACGAUUUCACAUUAUCUCUCGUCGGUCAAACUCCUUCAUCAACUUAAUGGACAUUAUGACUUAACGCUGGACCAUUUCGAACUCCGCCAAACGCUUAAAGGCAUAGAAAGGGCACUACAACACCGACCACGCGAACACCACCCCGUGACUCCUGAGUUCCUGUCGCAGCUGCACGGUUUCCUGAACCAUCAAGAUCCCAAAGACGCCACCAUCUGGGCCGUCCUCUUGCUGGGCUUCUUUACAUUCCUAAGGAAGUCUAACCUGGUACCUUCCUCCGCAGCAACCUUCGACCCGCGGAAACACCUUAGCCGCGCCGACAUCUCGGUCAGCUCAGCAGGCCUUCUCGUCACGGUGCGCUGGUCCAAAACGAUCCAAGCAAACGAACGACAGUUACAGAUUCCUAUCCUCGCUAUCCCAGGCUCGCAGCUCUGUCCCGUGCUCGCGUACAACAACAUGCUUCGCCUUGUUCCAGCCAGACCCGCUUCUCCAGCUUUCCAGCUUCCCCCAACACCACGUCGCCCAUUACGUCCGCUCACCGGCUCAGUCCUUGACAAAGCCUUCGCACGCUUGGUCAACAAAGCAGGAUUGCCACCCAGGUAUCACACCCUACUUGACUUGCGUCGAGGCGGCUACACCUUGGCCUUUGAGGCCGGGGUUCCACGCGAACUUCGCCGUCACCACGGAGACUGGAAAUCUGACGCCGAUCUCCUCUACCUGCAACUCACCAUGGCGCAACGCUUGCGUCUGCCAGCCGCCAUGCGGUCCCUGCUGUGCCACCGGAUUACCUAAUUCCGACGCUACACACCUCCAUCUACUAUCUUCAAGUUUGGGCUUCUCGUUACACUCGACCUGGCCUGUGAUGUCUUUAUUUCCUGAUUAAAGACGUCAAUUGCCCAAACUUCUACCGACUUUGUCAUCCUGAGUGAGAUUAAUUAUGAGAGGAUAAGGCCCGGGGACGUUAUCCUCAAGAAUUUGACCACGUGACUACUGACCAGGCAUGCGCAGUGCGGCAACAGAGCUUCGAACGAGAGACAGCUUCACCACCAUCCCUCCCCCGCAGCAAUGGUUGCAUACUGUUUGACUGUUAAAGCUGCACUAUGGAUAAUUAGGGCAAUACAAUAAGCCAUUUCUUAGUAAGUCAAAUCAACCCUAUAUUAUUGCAUAACAAUAUUCAGCAAAUAAUGUUACAGCACCUUGCACAAUACAAACAUGUCAUUUUCAAAGCCAAAACACUACCAAAGAUGGCCACACACACAGGCCUCUGUGCUAUAAUCAGUAACUUAAUGGUGCAUGUUGGCAUUUUAAAAGUUUCUGUACAAUCGUAUUUAUGCGAAAGUUCUUGCG